AUGGAUUACCUUAUGGUGCCAACCUCGGCUUCCCCGAUGGAAAAACAGGACCAGGAUAUAUUAACUCAAGGAAAGAAAGAGCCUGCAGCGACCUCAGGCCCUGCCACCUUACUGGACAUUAAGCCGGAGCCCUUCGUCAUCUUACCAGCUGAACCAACCAGGAGUAAACUCACCCAUAAGUCGAGCAAGAUCCACAAAAGGCGAGGGAGCAAAACUGCUCAACACACCCCAAAAAUAUCACAGAUGGGAAGGUCUUCCCACCACCAUCAUCAUCAUCACCGUCGCCACCACUACCGGCGCAUAACGCUCAAAGAGAUACUGACUCGCUCCUGGCAAAAGAUCCACCCAAGCCUUGUUUAUCUGCGGAAGGUCAUCUUCGAACUGACCCAGUCUUUCCUCUUUGACUUCUUCAUCUGCGGCGUGGUGGCCAUCAACACAACCUUGCUGGUGAUACAGACGUUCGCCGUGGUCGAGAUUCGGGGAGAAUGGUUCUUCUCGGCCCUGGAUCCGAUUUUCCUUUGUGUCUACGUGGUGGAGGCCAUUCUCAAAUUCAUUGCAUUAGACUGUAAAUAUUUCCGUGACCCCUGGAAUGACAUUGAUUUCUUCAUCAUGUUCAUGGCGCUCUUAGAAUUCAUCCUGGCUCUGUACUUCACCGCCGGGCAGGGAAACCGAGGCAACACACUCACCCUCUUUCGAGUCCUCAAAAUCAUCAAGGGGAUUCGCGCCAUCCGAGCCAUCCGCUUCCUCCUCACUCUCCGGGUGACGGAGAAUUUGCAAGAAAUCACGGGCACUUUUAUGCUUUCCUUCCAGUCCAUCGGAGCUAUUAUUCUUCUCAUGUUCUCUUUCUUAUUUAUGUCUUCCGUGGUGCUGUGUGACAUAUUCUACGAAGCGGAUCAGAAGCAUUUCGGGGACCUUUUCAAAACCAUCUUCACCCUUUUUCAGCUCUUCACUUUGGAUGACUGGUCGAUUAUUUAUCUCACGUGCCACGCUGCAGGUGCUUGGUACAUUAUUAUUUUUCUCAUCAUCUAUAUCCUUGUGGAGUAUUUUUUGCUUCUCAACCUGGUGAUUGCAGUCCUCGUGGACAAUUUCCAGAUGUCCCUCCUCAAACGCCAAGAGAAGAAGAAACUGAAGGUCAAUUCUGGGAUUUUUGUGGGAGAGGAAGGGAGGGGGACGCGGGGGGUGGGUGUUUAA